GUGUUUUUCGAAAAAAAGAAAGCCUUAGGUAUUCGUAUAAGGUUAUUUAAUUUACAAAAACAAAUGUAGUUUUAUAUUCAUUACAUAGAACCUUUGUACUGAGAACAGUUACUGAACAAAAAAGAAAACAGAAUCUGUUUACUAUUAACGAACAAAACAAAACUGGAUUGGUUUAAGCAGAUUCGCUGUCCUUGAAUUCUCUCUGCACUGAGCGUUUGCAUAUCGGGCAUAAUAUGCAACAAUUGUAGCCACUAGUCACAGCGCUGCAGUCAGCUGACCAGUUCACAUGACAAGCCCGUUUCAGGCAAGUCCUGCUUACCGGCGCUGUUUAAGUACUCCAGAGAACCAGUUUAAACGGCGGAAAUCACCAUGUUAAGUUAGUUUUGGAACGACACGGAGAAGAUGAACGGCUAGAUAAGACAGGAUAUCGGAUGAUUCGUAAAGAGCAAACGAUGAUACUAAUAACACAGUGAGUCCGCACAAAGAGGGGCAGUCAGACGGUUAGCCAAACAGCUUCAGCGUUGUGGGUGUUUCCUUCUCUCCAGUAGAUUUUUUGGUAAUCACUUCCUGAAGGAAUUUACAGAAUGAGUCCAGAAGGGAAGAAGCUGUUAAACAUCAUCGUCCUCGGCUUUGGCUUCAUGUUCAUGUUCACUGCUUUUCAGACAUGUGGCAACAUAGAGCAAACUGUCAUCAAGAGCUUCAACAGCACCGAGUUCCACGGGAGCGGAUACACAAGCAUGGCCAUCAUCUAUGGAGUCUUCUCUGCAUCCAACCUGAUCGCCCCCUCAGUGGUGACCGUCAUUGGACCGCAGCUGUCCAUGUUUUUUAGUGGGCUUUUGUACAGCGGCUACAUCGCUAUGUUCAUUUACCCGUACACCUGGAGCUUCUACACGGCGUCUGUGUUUGUGGGAAUAGCAGCGGCAGUCUUGUGGACGGCUCAGGGAAACGUCCUCGCCAUCAACUCCAGUGAUAACACCAUUGGAAGAAACAGUGGCGUCUUCUGGGCGCUGCUGCAGUUCAGCUUAUUCUUUGGAAAUCUCUACAUAUACUGUGCCUGGCAUGGACACGUUCACAUAACAGAGAAGGACCGGCAGACGGUGUUCAUCUCUCUCACGGUGAUCAGUCUGGUGGGUUGCUUCCUCUUCUUCUUGAUACGGAAGCCGGACUCCGAGCCAGCUCCCUCUGAGGCGUCCGAGUCGCUGCUGCAGGCUGAAUCCACGGAGAGCUGCUCCAGCUCACCUCGCGCAGGCCUCUGCUCACAAGCUCUGGACGCUUUUGUCAAAGCGUGUAAAAUAUUUGUCACCAAAGAGAUGCUGCUGCUGAGCGUCUCCAUCGGAUACACAGGCUUGGAGCUCACGUUUUACAGCGGGGUGUACGGGACGUGUAUCGGAGCCAUGACGCAGUUUGGCCAAGAUGCAAAGAGUCUGAUCGGCAUCUCCGGCAUCUGCAUCGGAGUCGGCGAGAUCUUAGGAGGGGGCGUGUUUGGGAUGCUGAACAAGUGCCGCCAGUUUGGGAGGAACCCAGUGGUCCUGCUGGGCCUCAUCACUCAUUUUGUUGCCUUUUACCUGAUUUUCCUCAACAUUGCCAGCGACGCUCCAAUAGCCCCCGAGGCAGGAACAGAUCUGCAGGCCUACAUCGCACCCAGCGUCGGGGUGGCGUUGCUCUGCAGCUUCCUGCUCGGUUUGGGCGACAGCUGCUUCAACACUCAGCUCCUCAGCAUCAUUGGCUUCAUGUUCCGCAGCAACAGCGCUCCCGCCUUCGCCGUCUUCAAGUUCAUACAGUCCAUCAUGGCCGCUCUGGCCUUCUUCUACAGUAACUACCUGCUGCUGCACUGGCAGCUGCUCAUCCUGGUCGUGGCGGGUUUUCUUGGCUCCGUGACCUUCUUCAUGGCCGAGGGGAUGGCCGAGUCCAGCAGGAGAGAAUCUGACUACGACAGCAUCUGAUGUGUGCGUCUGGUGAGGACGAGGAGGGCGCAGCUGGAGGUGUGUCGCCCUCCACAGCUGCAAAAAUCACCCGGGGGAGGAUGAAGACGACGACGAUGAUGAAGAACAACGUAUCCCAGCCUUCCACUGUGGUAUGUUUGGUUUUCUGAGAGCCGUCUUGUCUGUGAGCAGACAUUACUGUCGGCCUCUCCCCUCGUUCUUAUUACUUUGUGCACAGAAAAUUAAUCUAAACAAAAAUAAACUUUGAGCCGGAGAGGCGGAAUGGAUAGAGGUUUGUUAAAUAAAUAAAUAAAAUAAAGAGCACCUUCUGAAUCAAAGUCUGUCAACGAUGACAUAAAUACAGGUGGGACGUCCCUGAAGACGUCCUGACGAAUAAUGCUGACCUCAUGGUGAAUCAGCUGGAAGUGAAGCUGCAGCCGUAUGUACUGAGUUAAAGGGCCAGUCUGGUGGUUUUUCUACACGAUUCCUCACGUCAGGAAAAUCCCGUGAAAAGACCAAAAGCGACAGAACGUUUUUACUGACAAAUACUGUGUGACAGAGUCUGACUUGUCCUCUUCCUCCAUUAGAAACACAUCUGGGAGCCUCAGCGUUGUUCUUUCAUCACCAUGAAAACACACACACACACACACACACACACACACACACUGUAGUUUAUUCUCACAGGGUCCCACACACACAUCCUGCUGCAGUGCCACAUGAAACUACACACAUUUGUGAGGUAGUUUGAAAGAAUUACGUCUUCAGCAGGAACCAAAGUGCUCAGUGCUGCGUUCACUGACAGUCGGACCAACACGUUUUCUGCUCUUGGUCUUUUCAUGGGAUUUUAUGACAGUUUAAAGAACAGAAUGAUGCCAGCCUUGCUCUUUAAAAGCAUCUCCACCCGUGACGUUUUUCACCCACCACAAAAUCAAAAGAAACCCUGACAAAGUAGCGUCUCCAUACGUCUGCUGUAAAGUUCUUCUUCUUCGCUGUCAAAGCCCACACGAAGCAGCCGUGUCGUGUGUCCACUGCUGGACCUCCAAGUUUGUCCUACGUGUUCGUCACACCCUCCUGUUCAGCUGUUGCGACAGACAUUCUGCAGUCUGCACAGCCUUACAUUACAGCAAAUUGAGAGUAAAGCAGUUAAAAGGGAAACGUUAUCAACAAUCUCUCUCUUUAAUUUGUGUCCUCUUUUCAAAUCACUUCAACAUACACUAAGUGCUGUACAGUUAGCUUUGUUGUAAUAAUAUCCAGAUCGUCAGGUCAACCUCUGACUCUGUUUUCCAGGACGCAUUUCGGAAUUACAAGCUGGCGACUGCGUUUAGUUCAGAUGCAGCUUACCGAGAAGAAAAAAAUGAAUCUUUUCCUCUAGUUGACGUGUAUAAAGAUGGACGAGGCGUCUGCACUUCCUCCCACUGUAGAAACAUGAAGCCAAAAUAUUCUGUCGUCUUGUUCUGGUGAUGUUUCAGCCCUCUUUUUCUAUUGCAUCAAAUAACUAAUUAAAGCCAAAAUGAUCAUAAAAAGAAACUUUGGAACAAACAUCAGCCACUAGGGGGCGCCCAGGUGUUUUGGCUUCACUUCCUUCAUCUUUAUAUAGUUGAUGUUUUCUCUCUCUUGCUACGUUUCAAGUCUCCAUCAAAUCGUCACACAUUUUAAACUGAUCUGAUGCCAAACCAACAAUGUGGGCCUUAAGAGAUGCUGUCUUUUCCUGGGAAAGGCAACAAAGAAUUAUAUCUUAGAUGCUGUUUUUUUAUAUUCUGUUUGAAGUGUCCAUUAUUUUGAAUUACAAUACAUAGUUAAUUUAUUGCCAAAUGAAACAUGACGGGAUAGGUUUUCUCAAGUUUUGUUUCAUGUUGCUAUUGCAACGGAGGCAAUCAGUUUCAAGGAAAAGGGAAAUGCAUGUGUAUGAUGAGGGUGAUUUUAUACUUGAAUGUAGUAAUCAAGAAUGGCACCCAAACGUUUGCUUAUUUGUUUUUAUUAUCAAUAAAAUGUUAUUUUCAACAUUAGCUGCGUGGUUUACCUGUAUAAACCAAAAACUGUAUGAUUUACUGGAUAAUCUGAAAUAAAAUUACUGGCUUUAGACUCA